CUACAGCUGUGAUGAAUGUGGAGCAGCUUUCACUCAAUCAGGUCACCUGAGAACACAUCAACGCAUUCACACUGGAGAGAGAAACCCUACAACUGUGAUGAAUGUGGAGGAGCUUUCACUACAUCAGUUAACCUGAAAAUACAUCAACGCAUUCACACUGGAGAGAAACCCUACAGCUGUGAUGAAUGUGGAGCAGCUUUCACUACAUCAGGUUACUUGAAAACACAUCAACGCAUUCACACUGGAGAGAAACCCUACAGCUGUGAUGAAUGUGGAGCAGCUUUCACUACAUCAGGUUACUUGAAAACACAUCAACGCAUUCACACUGGAGAGAAAUCCUACAGCUGUGAUGAAUGUGGAGCAGCUUUCACUACAUCAGGUUACUUGAAAACACAUCAACGCAUUCACACUGGAGAGAAACCCUACAGCUGUGAUGAAUGUGGAGCAGCUUUCACUACAUCAGGUCGCCUGAAAGAACACCAACGCAUGCACACUGGAGAGAAACCCUACAGCUGUAAUGAAUGUGGAGCAGCUUUCACUACAUCGGGUAACCUGAAAUCACAUCAACGCAUUCACACUGGAGAGAAACCCUACAGCUGUGAUGAAUGUGGAGCAGCUUUCACUACAUCAGGUUACUUGAAAACACAUCAACGCAUGCACACUGGAGAGAAACCCUACAGCUGUGAUGAAUGUGGAGCAGCUUUCACUACAUCAGGUCGCCUGAAAGAACACCAACGCAUGCACACUGGAGAGAAACCCUACAGCUGUAAUGAAUGUGGAGCAGCUUUCACUACAUCGGGUAACCUGAAAUCACAUCAACGCAUUCACACUGGAGAGAAACCCUACAGCUGUGAUGAAUGUGGAGCAGCUUUCACUACAUCAGGUUACUUGAAAACACAUCAACGCAUGCACACUGGAGAGAAACCCUACAGCUGUAAUGAAUGUGGAGCAGCUUUCACUACAUCAGGUCACCUGAAAAGACAUCAACGCAUUCACACUGGAGAGAAACCCUACAGCUGUGAUGAAUGUGGAGCAGCUUUCACUACAUCAGUUAACCUGAAAAGACAUCAACGCAUUCACACUGGAGAGAAACCCUACAGCUGUGAUGAAUGUGGAGCAGCUUUCACUACAUCAGGUUACUUGAAAACACAUCAACGCAUUCACACUGGAGAGAAACCCUACAGCUGUGAUGAAUGUGGAGCAGCUUUCACUACAUCAGGUUACUUGAAAACACAUCAACGCAUUCACACUGGAGAGAAAUCCUACAGCUGUGAUGAAUGUGGAGCAGCUUUCACUACAUCAGGUUACUUGAAAACACAUCAACGCAUUCACACUGGAGAGAAACCCUACAGCUGUGAUGAAUGUGGAGCAGCUUUCACUACAUCAGGUCGCCUGAAAGAACACCAACGCAUGCACACUGGAGAGAAACCCUACAGCUGUAAUGAAUGUGGAGCAGCUUUCACUACAUCGGGUAACCUGAAAUCACAUCAACGCAUUCACACUGGAGAGAAACCCUACAGCUGUGAUGAAUGUGGAGCAGCUUUCACUACAUCAGGUUACUUGAAAACACAUCAACGCAUGCACACUGGAGAGAAACCCUACAGCUGUGAUGAAUGUGGAGCAGCUUUCACUACAUCAGGUCGCCUGAAAGAACACCAACGCAUGCACACUGGAGAGAAACCCUACAGCUGUAAUGAAUGUGGAGCAGCUUUCACUACAUCGGGUAACCUGAAAUCACAUCAACGCAUUCACACUGGAGAGAAACCCUACAGCUGUGAUGAAUGUGGAGCAGCUUUCACUACAUCAGGUUACUUGAAAACACAUCAACGCAUGCACACUGGAGAGAAACCCUACAGCUGUAAUGAAUGUGGAGCAGCUUUCACUACAUCAGGUCACCUGAAAAGACAUCAACGCAUUCACACUGGAGAGAAACCCUACAGCUGUGAUGAAUGUGGAGCAGCUUUCACUACAUCAGGUCACCUGAAAAGACAUCAACGCAUUCACACUGGAGAGAAACCCUACAGCUGUGAUGAAUGUGGAGCAGCUUUCACUCAAUCAGGUCACCUGAAAGAACACCAAUGCAUGCACACUGGAGAGAAACCGUACUGGUGUGACCAAUGUGGUAAAACUUUUUCUCAGGAUAGUUCCCUUAAAGUCCACCAACGCAGUCACACUGGAGAGAAACCCUACAGCUGUGAUGAAUGUGGAGCAGCUUUCACUCAAUCAGGUCACCUGAAAACACAUCAACGCAUUCACACUGGAGAGAAACCAUACUGGUGUGACCAAUGUGGUAAAACUUUUUCUCAGAAUAGUUCCCUUGAAGUCCACCAACGCAUUCACACUAGAGAGAAACCGUACUGCUGUGAUGAAUGUGGAGCAGCUUUCACUCAAUCGGGUAGCCUGAAAAUACAUCAACGCAUUCACACUGGAGAGAAACCCUACAGCUGUGAUGAAUGUGGAGCAGUUUUCACCAGAUCAGGUCACCUGAAAAUACAUCAACGCAUUCACACUGGAGAGAAACCCUACAGCUGUGAUGAAUGUGGAGCAGCUUUCACUACAUCAGGUCACCUGAAAAUACAUCAACGCAUUCACACUGGAGAGAAACCCUACAGCUGUGAUGAAUGUGGAGCAGCUUUCACUCAAUCAGGUCACCUGAAAGAACACCAACGCAUGCACACUGGAGAGAAACCCUACAGCUGUAAUGAAUGUGGAGCAGCUUUCACUACAUCAGGUGAGCUGAAAAGACAUCAACGCAUUCACACUGGAGAGAAACCCUACAGCUGUGAUGAAUGUGGAGCAGCUUUCACUACAUCAGGUCACCUGAAAAUACAUCAACGCAUUCACACUGGAGAGAAACCCUACAGCUGUGAUGAAUGUGGAGCAGCUUUCACUCAAUCAGGUCACCUGAAAGAACACCAACGCAUGCACACUGGAGAGAAACCCUACAGCUGUAAUGAAUGUGGAGCAGCUUUCACUACAUCAGGUGAGCUGAAAAGACAUCAACGCAUGCACACUGGAGAGAAACCCUACAGCUGUGAUGAAUGUGGAGCAGCUUUCACUAUAUCAGGUCACCUGAAAAGACAUCAACGCAUUCACACUGGAGAGAAACCGUACUGGUGUGACCAAUGUGGUAAAACUUUUUCUCAGGAUAGUUCCCUUAAAGUCCACCAACGCAGUCACACUGGAGAGAAACCCUACAGCUGUGAUGAAUGUGGAGCAGCUUUCACUCAAUCAGGUCACCUGAAAACACAUCAACGCAUUCACACUGGAGAGAAACCAUACUGGUGUGACCAAUGUGGUAAAACUUUUUCUCAGAAUAGUUCCCUUGAAGUCCACCAACGCAUUCACACUAGAGAGAAACCGUACUGGUGUGACCAAUGUGGUAAAACGUUUUCUCAGGGUAGUAACCUUAAAUCCCACCAGCGCAUUCACACUGCAUCGUUGUGAACAUGUUUCAGAGCCUAGCUAGCUGUUUCCUCCUGCUUGCUCCCUAUGCCCUGAUAGCUGUGUUGUUAUAUUCAGAGCUUCUCUCCACAUUGAAGUCUGACCAACAGUAACUUCAUGUUCUAAACAGCAUGUGUGUUGUCGUGGCUACGACUACAUACUUUCUUCCUUUUAUAUAUUUAAUUCUUUACCAUGCAUUAAUCUGCUGAGUAUUUUCUGGAUGAAUUGUUUGGUAAAGACCAGAAACUGUUGACUGUAGUCGACCCCCUGGGCCUGUGCCCCGUAGACCCGUUCAAUAAUCCAUCCACGAGUCAACAGCUGGAGAAAGAUCAAGGAGGACAUUCACAUCCGACACCAGAGACCAUCUAUGAACAGAGACAGGGGUUACCAUCCCCCCCACCGAAUACAACCACCUGUUAUCAUGUGACUGCUGGACUAGCGUCAUGUGAUGAGAAGAUCCCUUUUCUCCCACAGGCCGCUAAAGACUCUGAUCUUUACUAAAAUGUAGUUUGGAUUUGUCCAAAGACAAUUAAUGUAGUGUAUUAUUAUAUGUGUGUGUUUGCCUUAGUUAGACUUUUAUUCCACUGCCUUUAAGCCAGGAAGUGUUCCAUUAAAACAGUUCCACCAUCUUUGAUAACACCAACGUCAUGUUUAGUGCCAUUCUGCAUGUUUCCUUAUCAAAAAUACAAAAUUAGAAAUCAUCUAACGAUUGAAUUGUAACAAUCUUUAUUAAAAGAAUGAGCUUUCAGGAGCUGAAGACUGA